CCCAAUGUUUUCGUAUAAACUUUUUAUAAUCUGCUUCUCCGUAGAGUUAGCUUACGGGCAGAAAUUUAACAAUUCAUGCGAAUGCGGAGUAGCGGGCACAAACCGCCGCAUAGUGGGUGGCACCACAGCCCAGCCGCACCAGUACCCGUGGCUGGUGGCGCUCAUGCUGGGCUCCAAGCUCCACUGUGGCGGCGCCAUCAUCUCUGAUAUGCACAUCCUUACCGCCGGCCACUGCAUCACGUUUGGGGUUCACUAUCGAGAUCUCAAAGUGCACAUAGGCAUGCACGACCGCUUGGACAACACCUUCGAGAUUAGAAGAGUAAGCAAUGGCGUGAAACAUCCCAAAUUCACCUCGAACGCCGUUCGGGACAUCAACGACCUAGCUGUCCUCACUCUCGACAGGAGAGUAAAGUUUGACGACAAAGUUCGGCCUAUUUGUUUGCCGGAUGAAGACAUGGAAUUUCAAAAUCUACCCCUUACUGUUGCUGGUUGGGGCAAAAUAAGACAAGGGGCCUUAACUUCUUCGAGACACUUGUUGGAAACCAAAGUGAAGAUAGUGCCAGAAGAGAAAUGUAGGAAAACGCAAAUUUAUAAAGACAACCUUGUCAGCUCUACCAUGAUGUGCGCAUACGCGUAUGGAAAAGACGCUUGCCAGGGUGACAGUGGCGGGCCACUGUUUUCUACGCAUGAAAGUACCGAUAACAGAAAGUGGUAUCAUGUUGGAAUCGUGUCAUGGGGUAUUGAUUGUGCAAUGCCAGAUUACCCAGAAUGUGGCGUACCAUCGGACACAAUAGUAUCCCAGCGGAUAGUUGGCGGGAGACGGGCAGAGCCCUACUCAUUUCCAUGGACGGUAGCGAUUAUCAAAGUUGAUCGAAUGCACUGCGGGGGCGCCAUCAUUACAGACAGACACGUGCUAAGCGCGGGGCACUGUUUCAAAUGGGACGACCACAAAGAAAUGCAUGUGUUCAUUGGCUUGGACAACUUAGACGACUUAAAAGAAGUGGAGAAGAGGAACAUAUCCAAAGUGAAUAUCCACGAGAACUUCACUUCGACUGCGGUGAGGGAUGAAAACGACAUCGCGAUCGCCACUCUUUCCUCACCAGUGAAAUUUGGACCGACUAUCAUUCCUAUAUGCUUGCCGGAGCCUGGACAAGAGUUCAGCCACCGAGUAGGCACCAUAGUGGGAUGGGGACGGAUAGCGCCAGAGGCCUCAGCGUCCAGAGUGCUUCUGAAGGCUUCGCUUAAGAUUCUGAGUGACGCAGAGUGCAUGAACUCGAAGCUCGCGCAGCAUUUGAAGCCGACCAUGAUGUGCGCAUUCUCAAAGGGAAAAGAUGGCUGUCAGGGAGACAGCGGCGGGCCAUUUCUGGUCUUUGAAACUAGUGGAAGAUACGUACAAGCAGGCGUUGUAUCUUGGGGCAUUGGUUGUGCUGAUCCGCGAUACCCAGGAGUCUACACGAAAGUUAGCAACUAUAUUGACUGGAUACAGGAAAACUCGGAAGAUGGAAAAACGUGCAAAUAAAUAAAUUAUAAUAUAAAUAAUAUCUAGUAUACAAUUUUAAAUGAU